AUGCCGUCCCCAAGAGCCUUCGCGUGUAUGGCUAUGAUUCUAGUUGGCGUCAUCAGCGGUUACGUUACGUCAGGUGCAAAACGACCCAUGACUUCACUUGCUACAGCUUCAUUGUUUAGGCGGGACCACUCAAGCUUGAACUGGUGCGGUGCCGUUCAAUACUCUAACCAAGUGACCUUUGUCAAGGGAACAUGGACAGUACCAUCUGUUUCGAUUCCCAAUGGAAACUUAUCGACUGAUCAGUAUUGGUUCUAUCAAUGGGUUGGAAUUGACGGCGUAUCUCCUUGCGAAGUCCUUUUGCAAGGUGGAACUGGUACCACUAUUACUAAUGGCACGGUGGGUGCAUUUGCGUGGUACGAGUUCUAUCCCGCUGGUCCAGUGUAUCCCAACAUGUCUAUCCAUGUUGGCGAUGUGGUGUACGUGAGUGUAGAAGCCACAUCCUCGAAAACUGGGACUAUUUGCAUCGAUAAUCUCUCCACGGGCGAGUCCCAAACAUUCAAUCCUGUAUCACAGAACGGGUCUCUCUGCCAGAAGACCGCGGAGUGGAUUGCAGAGGACCCCGGCAUCACAGUUCAACCAUUCCCAUCGUUCUCUGCUUUUAACCUCACCAGCUGCAAAGCAACCACAGGCAGCGGGUCGGUGAUCACCCUCGACGGGGCAGAGCUUUGGGAGAUGAACCAGAAGGGUCGAAGGCUUUGCCAUGCUCAAGUAAACAGCAACUCAGAUUUAACCGUGUUCAAUGGUUAG